AUCAUUCACGGUAGCCAAAUAUUUAUGUGUUUCUGCUCCCAGUGCCAGGUACUGGCGGAAGUCAGAUCGAGGCCAAGCUGAACAAGCCCACGACUGGUACUGCAAGAAGACUUCCUCGGGUUAUUUCACCUUGUGGCCGCAUAAGGGCUUUCUAGUUCCUCUCACGAUCAACUGCUGGAUGGAUAACAUGAGGCAAAAAGGCUCACAAUGGUCGGAGAAACGCCCAGUACCACGAAGUACAACAAAAUUAAUUUAUCUCGUUCAAACGGCGGUGUGUAUUCCGCCGAGACUGCUCGAAUCUGGGGGAUUUGGUGACGCUCACAGCUGCGAUUGCGAUGUGAUUGUGCUGAGUUACAAGCGUAAAUGCGGCAACGUACCACCUUCCCAUGUCGCCUACACUUUCAAAGAGAAAAUAUCUUGGAGCGCGGGGAGAAAUCUACUCUAUUAUUUAUCGACAAGUUGCCAAAAGCAGUACCUAUAUUACAUUUUCAUGGAUGAUGACGUACAAUUAUCGUACAGAAAUCGCUUCGUGUCUGAAGAGCGCAGCAUUUCUCCUAUGAGAGCUUUUGAGCAGUUCUUGGUUAAGAAAAGACCAGCAGUAGGAACCGCUAAUUACCAAAUUCAUCACUCCGCAGAAGAUAUGCUACAAAAACGGCGUCGACUAUGUCCUAAAUGGAAAUCAAGCAACAACUCUGAAAAGUUAGACUACGUACCAGUCACGCACUUUGACGCGUGCUUCAACGCUUUCCAUCGGGACGCAAUACACUAUUUAAUACCAUAUCCCACGGAUUACGAUGAUAUCUGCUGGUGGCACAGCCAGAGAUACGUUAUUACUGCAGCCGAACUCGUGUUUCGAGGUCAUGUGUGGAUAUACGCACCAGUGGUAAUUGCGGUUAAUUCACAGCAUAGUGACUACCCUCGAGACGACCGCAACGCCUCUAAGGUAUGGAGUGAGCUAGUACGUCGAGUAGCGCGCACAUUACCCGCCGAGUAUCAGCGCAGUCAGCUCGUCCGCCGUUUUACCGAGAACCCGGAGCAGUACGUCGAGACUUCGCGCGCGGUUUGUUUUGAUCUACCACCACUCCAUCCAGUAGAGCCGUACGCUCAUUUUACAGCAUCAGUUAUAUAAAACGCGUUCCUGGCUUAGGGGAUUCAUAAGCCUUUACAUCCCACCUGUUGUUCUUCCAAGGGAACCACUUGCGCUGGUGGGGAAGUGGAAUAAUGUUUUGUCAACAGGGUGUUCGAUACCCUAAGCAAGGGCGGAAGGAACAGUGUUGGCUGAAUUCUGAUAAUAAACUACGAAUUUUCCUCUAAUUUGGCUGAAAUGUUGUGAUCUGAGCUACUACCCCUUGGCUCAGAUUACUCAUCCUCAGGGACCCAGGGCGUCACGGAGGUCAGAGGAGGCGAGGGCGGGGGAGGGGAGGGGAGAAAGAAGAGGGGUCUUUUCUCCCCUCCCUCUAUGCCGCGCUUGCCUCCUCUGAUCUCCGUGGCGCCCUCGGUCCCCGAGGAUGGCGCGAACUGUCCCCGAAACCUGACCGACUAAAUUUAUUCAUUUUUGGUUUAUUAUCAGAAUUUAGCCUAACAAACACUGUUCCUACCGCCAUUGUUGUAGCAAGUUCGUGUUAAUUAUCAACUUAAAUCAACAAUUAAUUAAUCAGCUAAUUAUCAACAAAAUAAUAAUAUUGUAACUGUACUCUGUAAGACUGUACAGUUGCGUAAGACUGUACAGUUCGAUUAAAUGUACUGUACAUUUG